GCAUAGAGCGCCACUUUGAGAAUGGAGAGGACGAUGUGUUUUCCACUGUUGCUGCUGAUCUGCUCUCUCUCUGCAGCUCAACUUCAGACACAGACUGACAAUGAAAUACAUGGAAAGCAAACCGAAUCCCAGGGAAGAGAAGCAACAAAGACCUCGAACCAGCAGCAGAUCUGCCCACCAGACAUCCAUGCUGUGCUGCGAGACAUGAGCGUCUUGUUGGCUGAACAGACGGUGGAGAUUAGGCACUUAUGGAGAGAAAAUGAAGUACUGGCAGCCAAGCUGAGAGAACAGGAGGUACAAAAGCCUGAGGUGGACAAGCUGAAGCAGCAGCUAAAAGACCAAUCGUCCUUGAUUUCAGCCCAGGCAGCAGAGCUGAUCAACAUGAACGCCAGGACAAAUAUCACAGAAAGCCAGGUGGAGGCUCUGAAAAGAACCGAUGAAGUCAAACGGGUGGCUUUCUCAGCCUCUCUGUUGGCUUCAGGCUCUGGAACUAUUGGACCAUUUAACACGUUCGUUCCUCUGGUCUUCAAAUACAUUGUCACGAAUAUCGGAAACGCCUACUGCCCAACCACAGGUUUGUUCACUGCACCAGUAAGAGGAGCCUACCACUUUGAGUUCUACUUGACUGGAAAUGGAGGAGCUUCACAUGGUUCAGGUGCUUUGUUGGUCAGGAAUGGAGAGCAGAUUUUUGUUGCAUAUGAGUCUCAGACAGGCCACAAUCCCAGCUCUGCCAAUGGCGCCACGCUGCUUCUAGAGGUCGGAGAUGUCGUGUUUUUGCGUCUCUGGGCGAACACAAACAUAUUUGACAAUGAACCUCAUCAAAGCACCUUCAGUGGUUUUCUGCUUUUCCCCAUGUGAAAGAGAAACAGACCUUUGUUUUGCUCAAUUCUAAGAUUGUGGUGCACACUCCAGCCAUGUAUUAUAAAAAUGUCAUCAUUUUUUUCCUGCAUGGACACUGCAUAACAACAAUACUCUUUUUCAUAAUAAAAAUGUCAUUAAUUUGGUCUUUCGGUAUUUAGCCCGGGUAUGAAACUUGAUGACAACUUUUAAUGUGUAAAUAAUAUAUAUUGUAUUAUUUUCAUGUUCUCUUACAUUUGAAUAAAAGCAUGAUAUCACUGCA